UGUCUUUUUAUCAGGUAGAUGGCAUUAUCAAAAUUUUUUAAUUUGUUUCCCUUCUAUAACUAUCAAACUCUAUGUAUUCAGUCCUUUAAUAAUAUUUCUGAUUUUAUUUCCUUGCGGUUUUCUUAUUAGUAUUUUGUUGCUCGGUUGUUUUGCUUAGAAUUUAACAAUUCUUAAUGAAAAAGUUUAUACGGAAGAAUCUUGAACAAUUUAAUGAUUUUUGAUAAAAACAUUUAAUAUGAUGUCACAAAGUACAAUUUACUUAGACAUAGAAUUACGAAAAUUAAGACCAGCAGAAUUAUAUAUACUUUCACAAAUAUUAAAUAUAUCAGAUUCAUGGAAAAAAUUAAUGGCAAUUAUACCAAAUGAUGAUAUGCCUAAUCUUCCAAAAUUUAAUUCUGAACAUUUCAGUAUGAUUGAACAAGCUGCAAAUCACCAAAGAAGUGCAGCAGAAAUAUUUUUAUCAGAAUGGGCCACAAUGGGUAAAAAAAGACCAACAUUAAGUGUUUUAUUGAAUUUUUUAGUAAAAGCAGAAUUAUUUAGAGCAGCUGAUUAUGUAGCUAAAGAUUUAUUAAAUGUAAAAGUUCCCGAACGACCAAAAUAUGGCCCAGCAACACCUGUAGAUAUUUCGGAAGAAAUGAAAUUAUUGGAAGAAAAAGAGAAAUUUGAAAAUCUUAAUUUCAAUGAAUCUUUAAUAUUUAAAUUAUCUUCUGAAAAUGUUGAUAAUAAAACAAUUAAUUCCAAUGUAAUGAAUGACAGUUUUUUGGAAAGAAAUAUACAAUUAACAAAAUUGAUUUCUUCAAAAGAGGAACAUAGUAAUGAACAAUUAGAAAAUAAAAAAACAUUAAAUACACAAAUGUUUGAUUUAAUGAAAUUUAGUCUUGAAGAAAGUAAAGAAUGUAGCAAGCAAGAACAAAUGUUUAAAGAAAUGUUGUCUCAUGAGCUGCCUGUGUUCUUAAAUGAAUUUAAACAAACUGUAGAACAAACAAAAUUAUAUCAAGAAGUAUCAUCAGAGGAACUUCCAAUUUUUGUGAAGAAUGCAAUUGCAAUAAAUCAAAAUCUAUCAAAUUACCAUGUAGAUGAUUCGUUGAAUUUAUCUAAUUUGAAUAUUAAUAAUGAAAUAAUUACCACUGAAUUGCCUCAAUGUGUUGUUGAAUUUCAUGUAAAUAAUGAAUUUAAUUCAAAUAAUAGGAAUAAUUGAGUUUGCAAAAAUUACAAUCUAUUGAAUAAUAU